AUCUUCCAACUUUUUUACCUUCUCGAAUUCAAUUGCGUUACAUAGAGCACUUUGAUUCUUCUAUCUGCUUGAAUUAUGUGGUUUUAUGUCUCGAUCAGUUCAAUCAUCUGUUUCCUCUCACUCUUGAAUUCAUCUUAAGAUCGGUGAGUUCUAGGUAGAUGCUUCUUUUUUCUGUUUCGAUUUGGUUUCAUAGAGUAGUUCAAUUGUAUAAUCUUCGUGAUGCAGGUUGUUCUUCGUCUAGAUUGGUAGAAAUUUUCCAAAUUCCAACGCAAUUCUUAUGCCUCAGGGAUCUGUUUGAUUAGCUUUUAAAAUUUUAAUUGAACCUGAUUUUAUUACUGUGUUACAAGGCAUACUUGGUUGAUCCCUAGGGAGAUUAAAUUAUAUAACCUCUGAAUGGUUUUGUGACUUUUAUUGGGUUUGCUAGACUACAAAAGAAGAUAAUUUCACUUGUGUAAGGUUCUGUUUGGGGUUUUAGAUAAGAACGAGAUUUACAAAAGGCAGUUUUUUACUAACUGGUAAAGUGACAAACUGCAAUUUCAAAAAUUGUGAGCUUUUAUGUUUUGUUUUGAUUCUUAAUUGGUAGCAGUUGAGCUACUUAUGAGUGUUACGGCACAGUGACAGUCUAAUUCUAUCUUGAGAAUCUGGAAUUGGCUUGUUCUAAUAGCUAGUUCGUUGGUGUAAAGUAGUGUUCGUUCUCAUGAGGUAGAUUUUGCUGAUGAAAGGGGAAAAUAGAGAUGUUAGUUAAGUGUAAAUUAGCUAUAAGUAAUCCAAGACUUGAGUGCAAUUUCCAAUAGAUACUUGUCUUGCUAAUUGAGUGUUUCUUAUGUCAGAGACUUGAAAAAAGUAACAUAUUUAUUGCCAUAAAAUUUGCGUAUUUCUUUAUAUACAAGACUGAUAAGAUACACGUAUAACCUUAUGUGUCAGUACGUGGGGUUUCUGAAAAUUCCCUUUUCACUUAUUUAAUGAUCAUUAUGGUCACGAGUGUCAAGGAACUUCUGAUCCGAAACGUUUCUUGUUUUGAAAAUAGAUACUUUCAUCUUUCCAUUGUAGACAUUCUUCAAGAAUGAAACAGCAUCAUUCAUAGAUUAUUGAUAAGAGGAUACUCUGUUUCAUCUGCCUCAUCGUUUUGAGAAACAAUGGCAGCAGUAUUUAUUGUCGACUUUGAAAAGUGCUUCAUCUUUAUGUUCCUCUGCAUCCUUUUUUUACUCAUAUGUUACCCUCUCUUCUUCAAUAAACUAAAGAGCUCACAGGCUGGCUUUGAUUUGCCUCCAAGCCCUCCUUCUCUGCCAAUCAUUGGUCAUCUUCACUUGCUCCUCUCUACUCUAACCCACAAGUCCUUACAGAAACUCUCCUCCAAGUAUGGACCUCUCCUCCAUCUCUGCAUCUUCAAUGUCCCUGUAAUAUUUGUUUCCUCGGCUUCUGUGGCGUACGAGAUCUUCAGGGCACAUGAUGUGAACAUAUCUUUUCGGGGAAACCCCCCAAUCGGGGAGUCCCUCUUGGUUGGAUCUUCUGGAUUUUUCACCGCUCCUUAUGGAGACUACUGGAAGUUCAUGAAGAAGCUAAUGGUCACGAAACUACUCGGACCUCAGGCACUAGAGCGGUCACAACGCAUCCGUGCAGAUGAGCUAGAACGGUUUUACUUGAGUCUGUUUGAUAAGGCAAUGAAGAACGAGAGCGUUGAGAUUAGUAAGGAAGCAAUGAAGCUCAUUAACAAUAGCAUCUGCAAGAUGAUUAUGGGGAGGAGUUGUUCUGAGGAGAAUGGUGAGGCGGAGAGAGUUAGAGGCUUGGUGACGGAGUCAACUGCUUUGACAAAGAAGAUUUUCAUGGCAAACAUGUUGCACAGGCCCCUUAAGAAGCUUGGAAUCUCACUGUUCAAAAAGGAGAUAAUGAGUGUUUCCUGCAGAUUCAGUGAAGUGCUGGAUAGGAUUCUUGAGGAACAUGGAGAGAAACUUGACGAAGAUCAAGAAAUGGACAUGAUGGGCUUGUUGUUGGCAGCUUACCGGGACAAAAAUGCAGAGUGUAAGAUCACGAGGAACCAAAUUAAGUCGUUGUUCGUGGAUCUUGUUGUUGCAGGCACUGACACCUCGAGACAUGCAACACAGUGGACAAUGGCAGAGAUUAUAAACAACCCUAAGGUUCUUGAGAUCUUAAGACAAGAGAUCGAUUCCGUUGUAGGGAGAACAAGGUUGGUUCAAGAAACAGACCUACCAAACCUCCCUUAUUUGCAAGCGAUUGUGAAGGAAGGACUGAGACUGCACCCACCAGGGCCUCUAUUUGCAAGGACAGCCCGUGAAAGGUGUAUGAUCGGAGGGUUUCAUGUACAGGAGAACACACCACUAGUUAUUAAUGCUUAUGCUGUGAUGAGAGAUCCUGAUUUUUGGGAAGAGCCUAAUGAGUUUAAGCCAGAGAGGUUUCUAGGAACAGGAAAAGAAGACAAGAGAGAACAAGCACUCAAGUACAUUCCUUUUGGUAGCGGAAGGAGAGGCUGCCCUGGAGUAAAUCUAGCUUACAUUCUUGUUGGAACAGCGAUUGGGGUGAUGGUGCAAUGCUUUGACUGGAAAAUCAAAGGAGGAGAUAAGGUUAAUAUGGAAGAGUCUCGUGGAGCAUUGGUCUUGACUAUGGCUAACCCUCUUAACUGCAUUCCUAUUGUUCGAACCCCGAACCUGCAGAUUCCCUGUUCCUCCUGACUGGGAAAUAUCACAAAACUGAAUGCAUCUACUUUAGAUAGAGCCAUUUGGUCUUUUAUAAGUUUUAUUCAUGUAAUAAACAAACAUUGGAGAUGAAUGAAUAACAAAGAGGAAAUGAAAGUGAGGGUUCUUUUUUUCAA